AUGGACCGUGGCGGGGAAAAGGAUGACAUGGUAUCGCUGACGCCCUCGGAAUUCGACAUUUACAACCGUCUUGCGGUGAUGAUGGAGAAGUUUCACAGCUAUUUCCGACGAAUCUGGAAGCGCCUGUACAGCGCAUGCUCAGCGCCCGAUCACGACUCGCCAAAAAUGACUGACGACCAGAUUGUCAGAGAGGGUCUCUUUCUCUCGUGUCGCCUCGCGAACCAUCACAAUGUGGAAGAAAGCUCCCUGUUUCCCCUCCUGGCUCGCAGGAUGCCCCGGUUCCAGGGGGACGACGUGCUGUUGAAGCAGCACCGCCAGAUCCACGACGGGCUCGAGGACUUUCAGCAGUACCUCGAGGGCUGUCGUACGCGCAAGGACCGAUUGGACCGGCAAGUCCUCAAGAGCAAGAUGGAUCCGUGGGGAGACGUGCUCAUGUUGCACUUGGACCAAGAGGUCGAGAUGCUGGGGGCUAGAUAUAUGCAGAAGUAUUGGACGCAAGAGGAGAUGCUCGAAAUGCCCAUUUGA